ACUACAGUUGAAGUGUCUUAUUGAUUGCAAUAUUGAGUGUUGUUUGUUAAUUGUAGAUGAAACGACAUGAAACGUGCUAGUACGAAAAAGAAAGAUAGUAAAAGAUUUCAUUUCUCGCUACGCAAAAAGGAUUUAGCAGCUAGCAAUGAUGAGCCGCCGGAGAUUACAUACUGCGUGGUGGGCGGCGAUGGUGGUCUGGCACUGCAGGCCGUCACACCCACGCACCCCAUGCCCCCACAAGAGGAGUUGGACGCUAAGUUUGCCGAGCUGGUGGAGGAGCUGGACUUAACAGCAGUCAAUAAAGCAGCAAUGAUGGAGUUACCCGCUGCAAAGAAAUGGCAAAUAUACUGCAGCCGACGACCGCCUCCAGGUCAAGCCCCACCUCUGGCUACCGCACCUCAAGUUGAGGAGUACAUCAAGGCACUGAAUGAAAUCUCUGAUGCCUUUAUUUCAUCGGAAGGUGUACCACCACCGGAAGCUUGCGCCUUAGUAGAUGGAUUAAAAACUGCACUUCGAACCCGAGCACAUAGCUUCGUACUUCACUUUGUCAAGCAAGGCGGCUUGGCCCUUCUGAGCGUGUUGCAACGUGCAUCAAGGGACGAUGCACUCACUAGACAUAAUCUCAUCGCAGCCAUAAAGGCUUUGAUGAAUAACUCGACUGGCCGUGCCCAUGUUUUAGCGCAUCCCACCAGUAUAGACCUGAUUGCACAGUCGCUAGAUACAGAGAAUGUGAAGACAAAAGUAGCCGCAUUGGAAAUACUCGGUGCUGUAUGUUUGGUGCCGGGAGGACACAAGAAGGUACUAGAGGCCAUGAUUCACUAUCAAAAGUAUGCCGGCGAGCGAGCCCGGUUUCAAGGGAUAGUGAACGAACUUGACCGCAGUACGGGGGCUUACCGUGAUGACCUCGGGGUGAAGACUGCCAUCAUGUCAUUCAUCAAUGCCGUCUUAAAUUACGGACCUGGAGAGGACAGUCUGGAGUUCAGACUGCAUCUGAGAUAUGAGUUGCUCAUGUUGGGGAUACAACCAGUAAUCGAAAAACUAAGGAAAUAUGAGAACGAAACUUUGGACCGACACAUCGAGUUUUUCGAGAUGGUUCGGAACGAAGACGAAAAAGAACUUGCCAGGAGAUUUGACAAAGAGCACGUGGACACCAAGAGUGCGGCGUCGAUGUUCGAGAUCCUGAGAAGGAAGCUUAGUCACACCGCUGCCUAUCCACACAUGUUGUCAUUGUUGAAACAUCUACUUCUGUUGCCAUUGGAAUACAAUCCUCACUCGCAGCACUGGUUGCUGGUGGACCGCGUGGUGCAGCAGGUGGUGCUGCAGCAGCCCGGCGCCGGCAGCCGCGCCAACAGCGAGCAGGGCAGCCUGCCAGAUGUCAACACAGACCCGGCCAAGAUCUAUGACCCUGACGUCGCUCCCCUUGAAAUUAAUGUAGGAGAAAUAGUGCACCUUUUAGCCAAAGAAGAAGAACUCGUUGCUGCCAGAUCAAAAGCCGAGAAUUUAGAACGAGAAAAUAUCGAUUUGGCUACGGAACUUGCCAAAAAGGAGAAGCAAGUUGACCAGCAGUCCCAGGAGCGCGAAGAACUGGAGGAUGUGGUGUCAAGACUCAAGGAGCGACUUGAGCGCGAGACCGCUGCGCACAUGGAGAGUGGCGAGAGGGCACGUGCUGCUGCCACCAGGGCGCUGCAGCUCGAACAGCAGUUAAAUCAAGAACGAUCUGAAAGAGUCAGAUUCGAGAAACUAGUCAGUGAAGGAAGUAUACCUGAUGACGCCAAGGUGAGCAACCUGAAGAGCGCAGUGAUAGAGAGCUGCGCGGCGCCGCCGCCGCCGCCGCCGCCGGCGCCGCAGCCGCCGCUGGCGCCGGGCGCGCCGCCCGCCGCGCCGCCCCCCGCGCCGCUUGCGCCGCCCGCGCCCUCCCUCCCCAAGCCCAAGAAGAACGUGCCCACCCCCGGGAACCCGCUCAAGAGCUUCAACUGGAGCAAGCUGCCCGACGCCAAGCUCCACGGCACCAUCUGGCAGGAGCUCGAUGACACCAAGUUGUACAACGCUAUGGAUCUGCAUACUAUCGAUAAAAUGUUUUGCGCGUAUCAGAAGAAUGGUGUGCAGAAUGAGGGUUCCGUGGAAGACUUACGGCAGUUGGGAUCUAAGCCUCGAACUAAAAUCUUGUCUGUCAUAGACGGACGUCGUGCACAGAACUGUACUAUCUUGCUUUCCAAGCUUAAGAUGUCGGACGAAGAAAUAUGUCGAGCGAUAUUACGGAUGGAUAGCAAUGAACAACUACCCAUCGACAUGGUGGAACAGUUGCUCAAGUUCACACCCAGUGCCGAGGAAGCUGCAUUGCUAGAAGAACACCAGGACGAGCUUGACAGCAUGGCGAGAGCUGAUCGGUUCCUAUACGAGAUCUCUAAAAUCCCGCACUACUCGCAGCGCGUACGCACGCUGCUGUUUAAGAAGAAAUUCUCAGUAGCGGCUGCUGAAGCGCAGGCGCGCGCUUCCACCGUGCUGCGCGCCGCCCGCGAGAUGACGCGCUCGCGCCGCCUGCGAGCGCUGCUCGAGGUCGUGCUCGCGCUCGGCAACUACAUGAACAGGGGUGCUCGCGGCAACGCUUCCGGGUUCCGAUUGACGUCGCUCAAUAAACUUGCUGAUACGAAGUCCAGCGUCUCGCGGAAUACUACCUUGCUACAUUACCUCGUAGAAAUGCUUGACACACAGUUCAAGGACAUCCUGCUGCUGGAGGAGGACGUGCCGCACGUGCGCGCGGCCGCCAAGGUGUGCGUGGAGCAGCUCGAGAAGGACGUGGGCGCGCUGCGCGGCGGGCUGCGCGAGGUGGCGCGCGAGCUCGACUACCACGCCGCGCUGCCCGCGCCCACCGACCACGACGCCUUCCUGCCAGUCAUGCGAGACUUCCACGCGCACGCCGUCUGCACCUUCACGCAACUCGAGGAUCUCUUCCAGGACAUGAAAAGUCGAUUGGAGAAGUGCGCACACACGUUCGGCGAGGAAGCAAGCGCGUCGCCCGAGCAGCUGUUCGGUGCACUGGACGCCUUCCUGCAGCAGCUGGCCGACGCACGCGCAGAGUGUGAUGCGGCCAGGCGACGCCGCGACGAAGAGCAGCGACGCACGCGGCACGAGCAGGAGCUUAAAAAACGCACUUUAGAACGCAAACAAGCCUCAAGCCUGCUUAGUUCUGUGGGAAAGUCGCUAGGCAAAUCAAAUGGAUCUGCAGACUGUAACGGCCAUGCCAACGGAGACACAUCUCGCGACGGCACCCUCACAAAUGGUCAGAAAGGUGAGUUCGAUGACCUCAUCUCGGCCUUAAGAACCGGGGACGUGUUUGGAGACGACGUAGCUAAGUUCAAAAGAUCUCGAAAAACUUCCAAAGCCAAUCAUAAAGGACGGGAUUCGCCACCGCGAGGGGUCUGCAGGGAGGACUCUAGAGAAAGACAAAAGAAUUGAAGAUUCGGCUUAAGCGAAAGGUUGUGCAAUCAACACUUGAAUAUUAUAUUUAAUUAAACUGUAAGCCUACAGCCGUAGAGUAAUUUCAAUACGUGAUAUAUUUCGUUUUUUGACAUUUUGAAUUUUUGAACGUGAUAAGACUUUUGAGUCACAAAUAUUGAGAUUAUAUACGAGUAUUGUGUGAGUAGGAAUCUUGUGGAACAAUGUAUGGCAAUUUAUAUGGCUAUUCUGUAAGGAUACCACACGUUAUCGAUAUCUAUUGACCACCGUAAGGGAACUGACGACUGGGUUGCUACGAUGAGCCAUGACUAAGAUAAAACAGAACACAGAAAGUAAAAUAAGAGAUACAUGUUGUUUUAUUUGUCAAAAAUAAAACUUUUAUAAAUCAAAUAAAAUUCUCAGCUCAUAUCGACUAUAAUGAGUGGGUUCUAGUUUCAAACCAGUCACUAGUUUGUUGAUGAUAAUAUAUCUUUAAUAAAAAUAGGAAAUAAAUAUUACUCGAAAGAAAUUAGUAAUUAUAUUGUAGAUAUUUAAAAUGGUUUAUAUGAGCCAUAGUUUUACAUGUAGUAAGCAUGGUGACUAGUUUACAAAAAUUUUCAACACCAAUAAUAUUGUGUCAUAAAAUUGAAUUAAGACAACAACGAAUAUCCGCGGCCAUUAUUUAGGUACCUGUUCCUUUAACUAUACAACAUAUUCUUAAAAAAAAACACAAAUCUGGUGCCUAAAUAUGUAAGAUUUUCGGAUUAUUUUUAAUUUUUGACAAUUUGGCCUUUGGCUAUCGACUGAUGAAGUCAAAGACUGGCAUAUUAUUCCAUAGACCUAAUGAUAUAGAAUGUACUGAUAAGCGAUGUGUGAUUUGAGUAACCAUAGAGUAGUUACUGAUUUUUCAUUAGAGUUAUUGUAAUCAGUAGAAUUUGUUUGACCGUCCUUACAGUUGAUAUUUUAAUUUUUUUUUAAGUUUAAGAUUAGUUUCAAUAAUACCUCUAAAGGUGCCGGAAU